AUGGUUCCACGAACAUUCCUAAAAAAUUGGACCUUUUUCAAUCAUUUUUUACAUAAACAUUAUACUGUUCAAAAUAAAUUAAAAAAUUUGAAAUAUAUUGGUAUUGGUAUAUUUGCAAGUGUUGUGAUUUAUAAUACAACAGGUGUUACAAUAUUAGCAUCUCACAAUGAGUUUGAUAUUAAUCAAUUUAUGGCACAACCUAUUACUGAUAUUAAGGAAUUAGAGAGAAAAAGUGAUAUGAGGAAAAAAAUGGAAUUAUUAGUAAUGAAAACUCAAGCAGAUUUUUGUAAAGCUUUGGAAACUUUAGAAGAUUCAGACUUUCAUUUUAAAGUUGAUAGAUGGACUAGAAAGGAAGGUGGUGGAGGAAUUACUUGUGUUUUACAAGAUGGAGUUGUUUUCGAAAAGGCUGGUGUAAAUGUAUCUGUUGUUACUGGUACUUUACCACCAGGUGCAGUACAACAAAUGAGAGCACGUGGGAAAGAAAUGCAGGAGGGAUCUGUACCAUUCUUUGCAGCUGGUGUAAGUGCUGUAAUUCAUCCUCGUAAUCCUAUGGUACCAACAAUACAUUUCAACUAUCGUUACUUUGAAGUAGAAAAUUCAGAUGGCUCAAUUCAGUGGUGGUUUGGAGGUGGUACUGAUCUCACACCUUAUUAUUUAAAUGAAGAUGAUGUAAAACAUUUUCAUAGUACUUUAAAAAUUGCAUGUGAUAAACAUGAUCCUUCUUAUUAUCCAAAAUAUAAAAAAUGGUGUGAUGAUUAUUUUCUUAUUACACAUAGAGGAGAACGUAGAGGAGUAGGUGGUAUCUUUUUUGACGACAUUGAUACGCCUAGUCAAGAAAAAGCAUUUGAAUUCAUAAAAUCUUGUGCAGAAGCUGUUAUUCCUUCAUACAUUCCAUUAGUUGAAAAACAUAAAAAUGAUGGAUAUGGAUAUACAGAAAGACAAUGGCAAUUAUUGCGUAGAGGAAGAUAUGUUGAAUUUAACUUAAUAUAUGACCGUGGAACAAAGUUUGGUUUAUAUACGCCUGGUGCACGAUAUGAAAGUAUAUUAAUGUCUUUGCCUUUAGCUGCAAAUUGGCAAUAUAUGCAUGAACCAGAACCUGGUACAAAAGAAGCAGUACUUGUUGAUGUGUUAAGAAAUCCUAAAGAUUGGUUAAACUAAUGUAGAUAACAUUUA